AUGUCUUAUCAAUACCCUAAUCCGCCUUACGGUUACCCUCCUCAGGGCGCCCCUCAAGGCGCACCUCCCCAGGGCUAUCAACAAGGUUACCAACAGGGUUAUCAACAGCCUCAGUACCCUCAACAACAAUACGGUGCUCCUCAGGGCGCACCCCAGGGUGCUCCUCAUGGUGCCCCUCCCCCGCAGGGUCACUAUCCUCCCCAGCAGGGCUACGGCCAGCCGCCUCCCCAGCAACAGGGAUACUACGGCGCUCCUUCACCUCAACCACCUGCUCCAUACGGUGCGCCCCCUGCCCAUCAGGGCGGAUAUCCUCCCCAGUCGCAGCAGCCACCACAACAGCCCUAUGGCCAAGCUCCGCCGGGCCAGCAUUACCCUCCUCAACAAGGCCAACCUCAGCACGGUCAACCACCGCAAGGCUACGCCCCUCCUCAACAAGGCUAUGCCCCUCCCCAACAAGGCUAUCCCCCUCAACAAGGCCCGCCUCAUGGUGCCCCCAUGCACGGUGCGCCCAACUCAUACGGAGCUCCCAUUGGCGCGCCAGCUCCCCCAUCCCUUGGCUACGUCCCCGGCCAAGUCGCGCCGGGCGAUUUCCGCGCUGAAGCCGACGCCCUCCGUAAAGCGAUGAAGGGCUUCGGCACGGACGAAAAGGCCCUCAUCCAGGUCCUCUCCCGCCUGGAUCCCCUCCAAAUGGCCGGUGUCCGCGCCACAUACACCAAGCAUAUCGGCCGCGACUUGUACAAGGACGUCAAGUCCGAGACGGGCGGGAACCUCGAACAAGGACUGCUCGGCGUGAUCGAAGGCCCGCUCAUGUUCGACGUGGCAUGUGCCCGGGAAGCCGUCGAGGGCGCCGGCACCAAGGAAUGGCUCCUGAAUGACAUCCUCCUCGGCCGGUCCAAUGCCGAUCUUCAGGCUAUCCAGAAAGCCUACGAGCGCACGUACCACCGCAAACUGACCCGCGACGUGGAAGAUGACCUCUCCUUCAAAACGGGCGAACUCUUCAAGAACGUCCUCCGCGCAACCCGCCACGAAGACUCCGUCCCGAUAAACCCGCAAUCUAUCGAGGCCGAAGUGCGCACCCUGCACGACUCUACUGCCGCCCGCAUCGUCAACAAUGUGACCGAGGUAUGCGGGAUUUUCACGCGCAGUUCGAAUGCCGAGUUGCGCGAGAUCGAUCGCGCGUUCCAGGCGCGGUAUCAUGCCCCGCUGGAUAAGCAUGUCGAGAAGGAGUUCUCGGGUCAUAUGGAAGAUGCGUUGUUGCAUAUGUUGCGGACGGCGACGGAUCCGGCCAUGCGGGAUGCUAUCCUGCUGGAGGAGUGUAUGGCGGGUAUGGGGACGAAGGACGAGAGGUUGAUUGUGCGGGUUGUCAGGGUUCAUUGGGAUAGACAGCAUAAGGAGGCAGUGAAGCGGGCUUAUAAGCGUCGGUUCGGCAAGGAUUUGAUUGCUCGCGUUCGGGAGGAGACCUCGGGGGAUUAUGAGAAGUUGAUGGUUGCGUUGUUGGAGUGA